UUCAGUAUCUUCACACAUCAUCUCUCCACAACAAACCUGAUCUCUCUCUUUAGAAACAAACCAUUUCUCAUCUGUAUCUUUCUUCUUGAUUUCUUUCUCUUCACAGAAAGAUCAAAAACCCUUUUAGUGUUCUGUUUUUCUCUGUUUUCUGUUCUUGUCUAGAUUUAUAAGAAUAGAAUAAGUCAUGAUGAUGAGAAAAGAAGAUCUUGGUUUGAGCCUAAGCUUAGGGCUUUCACAGGAUCACACACCUCUCCAGAGUCAGAAUCCUAACUCGUCCAUAUCCAACAAUCUCCAUAGAUUUCCAUGGAACCAAACAUUCGCUUCUACAUCAGAUCUUGGCAAAAUAGAUGUGAACAGUCUUCCAAGAACCGUGGAUUGCGAGGAGGAACCAGGGGUUUCCUCUCCUAACAGUACGAUCUCGAGCACCAUAAGCGGCGGGAAGAGAAGUGAGAGAGAAGGAAUCUCCGAGCACGAUGAGAUCACUCCGGAUAGAGGUUACUCACGUGGAAACUCCGACGAAGAAGAAGACGGCGGGGAGACGUCAAGGAAGAAGCUCCGAUUAUCUAAGGAUCAAUCUGCUUUUCUUGAAGGGACUUUCAAAGAACACAACACUCUCAAUCCCAAACAGAAGUUAGCUUUGGCCAAAAAGUUGAACUUGACCGCAAGACAAGUGGAAGUGUGGUUCCAGAACAGAAGAGCAAGAACCAAAUUAAAGCAAACGGAGGUGGAUUGUGAAUACUUGAAACGAUGCGUAGAGAAACUAACGGAGGAGAAUAGGCGCCUUCAGAAAGAAGCUAUGGAGCUACGAACUCUCAAGCUGUCUCCACAGUUCUAUGGCCAAAUGACUCCACCGACUACGCUCAUCAUGUGUCCAUCGUGUGAGCGUGUGGCUGGGCCAUCAUCAAACCAUCAACACAAUCACCGGCCCGUUCCGGUCAACCCGUGGGUUGCUUGUGCUGGUCAAGUGACUCAUGGGCUGAACUUUGAAGCCUUGCGUCCCCGAUCGUGAUAUGAACGGUGUUUUGUUGCUUUCCGUUGUUGUGAUGGUUGAAUAUUAUGUGGCUGUGUGGGGUUCAUUGUAUUAUUCGAUGAUUGGCCUUCUUAAGUUUAAGUGCUAUGUAUUAUGUAACCUUCAUAUACAUAUGAACUAGGGAUCGUUAAGCGGAGUUUUUGCAUUUUAAUC